AUGCUAUUAUAUAAAGAGUUUAAAUGUGAAAAUUAUAUUGUGAUUGUUUGGUUCUGUCUUUUCAUUUCAUUUAUUUCUUGUAUCAUUCACCCUCUUUUAAACUCUUCUCAGGAAGAAGUACGUUUAAUGUUAUAUCAGAUAGAUAUAAUAGAUUCAACAAUUGAUGUCAUCACAAACAUUACAAUAAAAGUUCUUGAAAUGACUGUUAUCAUAUCCGAACUUAUUCUUGAAACACCAUCAAUCUUUUCAGCCAAAAUAUAUCUCAUAUAUUUUUGGUCUUUAUGUAAAGGAUUAAUUGUAAUAUUCACUAUUGUUUUAUGUCUCCCAUCAUUACAAACAUGUGUCCUUUUAACCUCAGUUGAAAGAAUAUCCCAUUUCUAUUUAUCAACUAUGAUAUUAUUAUUAUCCCUUGAUAUUGGUGGAAUGAUUUAUUUAAAACUCUCGAUAUCUGUUAUUGCACUGAUAGAUCUCUGGGAAUGUAUGCAAAUAACAACAUCCCCUCCACAUUUUAUUGACUUAUUUGAAGAAUUAUCAUUCAAUGAGAAUGAAAUCAAUUAUCAUUUUAAUUUUCCACUAAUUAAAUAUAAUUCAACUACAAAAUAUCAUUACAAUGAAUGUCCAAUUUGUAUGGAACCUUUUCAUGAAAACGAAUCAAUGAAACUUCUUCCCUGUAAACAUUAUUUUCACAGUAGUUGUAUUGAUGAGUGGAUUCGUUGCCAUUCAUUUUGUCCUCUCUGUAAAGUUCCUUUUCAUCUCAACACUUUUGGAAAAAAUAAGCAAAUCUAA